AUGAUUUAUAAAAACAACAAGCUUUACUUUAAUAAGAGAAUUAGUGAAAUUAAAUAUGAAAGUGAUUUAGGAAGUAUUAAAAUAACAACUGCUAUAAAAAGUGAUGAUGUUUCAACAUUUACAUAUGCACUUCACGGAAUAAUAGGAAUAAUAGAAGUUGAUAGUAAAUAUUUCUUAUUAAUUAUCAGUAACACAGAAACAAUUGGAUCAUUUAAUAGUCACAAUGUUUAUAGAGUAAAGGAAGUUGAGUAUAUUAAUUUGACUGAUAAUACAGGAAGUUUAACAAUGGAUACAUUGAGUGAGUUUAUAGAAGAUAAUAACUUUUAUUUCACAUAUUCAGAUAUAAAAGAUCAUUUUCUUUGGAAUAAAAAUGUAAAAUCUAAUUUUAUUAGAGGAAUUAAAGAUAGUGAGAAAAGCACUAAGUCUAACAUUAUGAGUAAGAGAAGUCCAUUUAGUAGGAUUAAGAAUGAAAGUAGUAUAGCUAAAAUUAAUAAGAAAGACAACAAGUUACCAUUUAGUAUUGAGUUUAUAGGUAAUGAGUUGAGGGGUGGGUAUGAAAAUUUUUUACUUGGAAAUCUUUUUUGUGGUUAUUUCCUUACUGAGCAUGUAAUUAGAAGUGAUAAGUAUAUUUUUACAAUAUGUUCUAUGAUAUCAACAAAUAAAAUAGGUCCUAGAAUGUUAUGUAGGGGGUGGAUGAUGAGGGUAAUAGUUCAUUUUUUGUAA